GCCACCUGGGAUUUGCUCACGUUUCACGGACUGCUCCUUCUCUGCUCCUUCAUCCCGGCCUCGGGAGUGGCGCCCGGGAUUCUCCCCUCCUGGCCCCGGCCGCAUAUCGUGGCCCUACCAGGCGGACGAACUGUCUGACUGUCUGUUGUUUCCAUCCGAAUGUACUGCAUCUUCCAAGCAGCAAUACUAUGGAAGAGAAGCCCGGGCCAGGUAGGCCAAGCUGGUCCCUUUCGGCUCCUCAUGCACCCUGAUGAGCACACAAGAAGGGCCAAGCUGGAGCAUGUUGGACAAAUCUGCUCAGAUGAUGACCGAUUCUUCUCCCAUCUCCGUCUCCGCGCUGUGACGAGUCGCGCACGAGCCCUGCUGGAGCUCUGGAGCUCGGGAAACUUGCUCAGACACGCCUCGGCCGCUGCUGCAGAGGUGCUCCCACCGGUGGGGCUCGACGGUCCGCGGUUAGUACGGAGUACUACAGUAGGAACCAGCUCCCAGCUCCCACCUCCCAGCUCCCACCUCCCAGCUCCGGAUUUCCUGCUCCUUGCCAGCUUGCCCAGACCCCUAGAGGACCUUGACGUGGAAACGUGCUCACCUUUUGGGAUCUGUCCAAACAUUGGCGGCGCCUGGGCGGCCGGUGCCAGUGGAGCCAUAUCUGGAUCCGAAUUGUCGGGAAAGGGGGGUCCGUUUCGAAUAGGUAAUAAUGUUUGCCCCCAUAACGUUAUAACCAUAUUCCUAAUCCUUUCUUUCUGUGUCAUGCAGUGUCUGUGUCCUUCACCAUUUGCAGAUCCCGCCGAAACAGUCUAUUGACAUCUGCAUCUGUCCACACCAAACAGGAGUGUUUCUCAUCACAGGAACCGUGGGCACAGCUAGACCUCCUUCGCUCGUUCACCGGGCCAGGGACGCCUCCAGAGGCUAAACGGACGGGGCGGAUACAGACUCACAUACAGGAUGGACGCCUCCACAAGGUUAAUCGCCGCCAGGCAUGUCCAGAACUUCUCCGACACCGAGGGCUCAACACUCGAGCCUCACUGGGGCUAUGCCGACCGCAUAAUCCCCUGCAAGAACGACGCCGGCUCCUGCGCCUACCUCGACCUCGUCUACGGCGCCCACGACCUGUCCAUGCUCUACUCGGGCAUCUUCUGGGCCGCCCUCGCCGGGAUAUUCCUGCUCUGGGCCGUCGGCCGCCGCAUCUUCCCGUCACCAACCGCAGACGAGGCCCUCAUCGCCUCAGCCGGCAAGGCCGAGUCGCAAGGGCCCAGGACCAUCGGCGGCAUCGAAAGGAUAAGACGGACCGUGUCGAGCCUCCGCCGGGCGUACCUCCUCCCGGACCUUGCGCCGCGCGUCCUCGGCCACGUCACGCGGCUGCAGGUGCUGAUCCUGCUGGUCCUCGCGGGCUACCUCACCGUCUUCUCCUUCGUCGGCAUGACGUACCAGACGUGGGUGACGCCGGUCAAGUCGUCGCCGGGCCUCAGCAACACGCGCACGACGCUGGGGCCCUUCUCGGACCGCAUCGGCGUGCUGGCGUACGCGCUGACGCCGCUCUCGGUCCUGCUGGCCAGCCGCGAGUCGCUGCUCAGCGCAAUCACGGGCAUCCCCUACCAGAGCUUCAUGUUCCUGCACCGCUGGGUCGGCUACGUGAUCCUGGUGCAGUCCACCGUGCACACCAUCGCCUGGGUCGUCGUCGAGGCGCGCCUGUACCAGCCGCAGCCGGCCGUGUGGGACGAGUUCGCCGGCCAGGCGUACAUCCAGUGGGGGUUCGCGGCGCUGGCGCUGCUGGUGCUGCUGUGGGCGCUGGCCACGCCCUGGGGCAUCCGCCUGACGGGCUACGAGUUCUUCCGCAAGGCCCACUACGUCCUGGCCGUGGUGUACAUCGGCGCCAUCAUCGGCCACUGGGCGCAGCUGCAGUGCUUCCUCAUCCCGGGCAUCCUGCUGUGGUUCCUCGACCGCGUCGGCCGCGCCGUCCGCACGGGCUUGCUGCACUACCGCUGGGUCCCCGCGCGGAACAGCUGGGGCUUCGGGUCGGCGGCGGCGAGGAUCACGCGCUUCGAGGACGCCGAGGGCGGCGACGUGGUCCGGCUCGACUUCGACCACGCCCAGAGGCCGUGGCGGGUGGGCCAGCACUUCUACCUCUGCUUCACCGAGUCCUCGGUCUGGCAGUCCCACCCGAUGACGCCGCUCAGCCUGCCCGUGCCCGGCGGCGCCACCGGCGCGGUGAGGCACUCGUACGUGAUCCGCGCCAAGGGCGGCGAGACCAGGAAGCUCGCCGAGAUCGCGGCCAGGAAGGCCGCAGCAGCAUCGUCCUCAUCAACAUCAAAAACAGACCAGCCGACCACCUCCGUCGUCAUGCAGGGCCCCUACGGCGUCGACAUGGUCGCCGGCGUGACGCCCGAGACCAACGUCCUCUGCGUGGCCGGCGGCACGGGCAUCACCUUUGUCCUCCCCGUGCUGCUGGGCCUGGUGCGCGAGAGGCCCGCGCCGGGCCGCAAGGCCGCCCUGGUGUGGGCGGUGCGCCGCGACGCCGACGCGGCCUGGGUCGCCGAGGAGCUCGACCACAUCCGGGAGGCGGGGUGCUCGCACGGCCUGGACGUCGACGUCUACGUGACGCGGGAGAAGGAGCACCAGCACCAGCGGGGUGCCAACAACAACAACAACAACACCAACGAAAAGGCGGCCGGGUCCUCCUCGGCGUCCUCCGCGACGGGCGGCGGGGGCUGCGAUUGUAAUGAUGUCACGCACCACCACCCCGACAACACCGAGAUCCCUUCGGUGCGGCGGCCGCACCUCGACGACAUCGUGCGGCGGUUCGUCGGGGCCGUGGGCCGCGGGCCGACGACCGUGUACGCGAGCGGGCCCGGCGGCAUGGUCGGGGACCUGAGGCGGGCGGUCGCGGGGUGUAAUGCCGCCGGCGCCGUGUGGAAGGGCGAUGCGAGGGGGGAUGUGAGGCUCAUCUGCGAUGAUCGGUUGGAGUAGUAGUAGGCCGAUCGGUCGUCCCGGGUCGGGUCAAAUCCGUAAAAAUAUUUUUAAAAAAGUUAGAUAAAAAUGUUAAUAUUGUUCAAAAUCUGCUGGGUGUGGUGAUG